CUAUGUUUAUCCACACACACGUCGUUUGAUCUCAAGCAGUAUAUGUCUCAUGCCUUCCGGCUUGUAAAAGAUCACAAGGUUAUGAUCAUGACGAAGAUAUCAUACGUAUGUCUGCUACUCUUGGCGUACAUUUGUUUUUCAAGAGGAGAAGAUCCUAUAAAAUCUGUGUCAUGUGAUGUACAGGGUACAUUGACCGCGACCCUAACGUCCGAUUCACCUUGGACUUUACCAGAAAAGGCCAUAUGUAGACAUAAUCAAGUCACGCUGAAAACAACAAACACAGACACAUUUACCAUAUCUGGUUGUGGAAUUGGUGAUGGCGUUGUGCUAGUUCUCACUAAGACAAAUCCGGACACAACUCCCGUUGGUCAUGUAGUGGUGGCUCUCAGCCCAAAGAGCGAAACGAAGACCGUAACCUUGACAUGCAACAAAAUAACACGUGAUGUCACACAGGUGGCGAAGUUGGGGCCUUGGAAUAUAGGAGAAGACCCUAUACAAUCUGUGUCAUGUGAUGUACAGGGUACACUAUCCGUGACAAUAACGCACGGUUCACCUUGGACUUUACCAGAAAAGGCGACCUGUGGACAUGAACAAGUCAUAAUAAAAACACGAGACACUGACACAUUUACCAUAUCUGGUUGUGCAAUCAAUACUGACGUUGUGCUAGUUUUAACAAAGACAAAUCCGGACACAACUCCCGCUGGUCAUGUAGUGGUGGCUCUCACCCCAAAGAGCGAAACGAAGACCGUAACCUUGACAUGCAAUAAAAUAACACGUGAUGUUACACGAGUGGCGAAGUUGGAGCCUUGGAGUAUUGGGUCGGUAACAGAUAAUCCAGUCACCAAAAAUGCUACAGAAAGUAUUCACAUGUUAAUGGAACUGCGAGAAACUACGGGAGCAAAAGCAAUCGUAACAACUAUAAGUCUUAACAGAAACUAUAAUCUGUUGAUAGCCGGUGCAGGAACUCAUGCCACGCAAGUGAAAGGAUGUACCGCAGCUGCUACUGAUAGCAGCACAGAUAGCGUACCGAUUUUUCCUAGAGGCACACCUGAAGUCCUUGAACAAUUUACAAGUGACAAUAUACAAUCAAAAAAUAUAAACGGGAAAAAAGUCAACCAGAUUGCCACGCUAACUGGAUUCAGGUUGGUCGGUUCCAACACAGUCUUUUUGAAAUGCACCAUUAACGUGUGCGCUCAAGCAUGUCCAAGUCAGAGCCCGACCACAAGUCAGAGCAACGCCGAACGAAAAAGAAUGAGCAAAAAACGAAAAGGUGGCAAACACCCAUCAACCGUUCACUAUGCAACGUUGAAAUUAACCGUCCGUGACACAUUAUUAGGCACGUCGACGAAUGGGGCCACUGAUACCUUUCAGGUUGGAAGGAAGUUAGUGAAAUUCAUCGUGCUGAUCACAACCAUCGGUUUCAUUUAUUAACUGUUGAGAACAAACAAUAUGUGGUAAUUUGUAAUUAAAUAGGGUAAAUAUAUCGAUGUCUUAUUAUGUAAAAGUGAACACACUAUCCAACCAACAUACCAUUCAUUUGCAUGGUGUUAUGAUAAUAAAAAUGCAAACUGGCUUUAGAUGGUAGAUAGCGUUUGAAGUGUGUGAUCUUGCAACAGAACGAAGGACAACGGCUGAUUGUAACUCAUGAUGAUGACCGGAUUGAGGAUUCAGUUUUUUUCCUAAAACAUAAACAUGACUGAUAAAUAAUGUCAUUCGAAUUACAUACCACUUCACUGAUAGCACAAAUUCAUAUUUCUUAAAUAUAUAUGCAUUUUUCACAUAAUUCUCAUCGAUAUUGCAAUAUAUUAAAGCAUUUAAUGAAUGUAAGCAAACGGAAAUAUAUGUAUAAUAAAACAUAA